AUGACAUAUUUAUUCGACGUCCCUGCCUAUUUCAUUCUUUUACGAGAAACUCUUGAGGUCACGAUAAUUCUUGCCGUACUGCUUGGGUUCAUUGAUAGACUUGUCCCAGAAAAGGAUGCAGCAAUAAAAAAAACUUUUAAACGUCAAAUUUGGAUCGGUGCAGCUGCUGGCUUGGCUCUUUCUAUUGUAAUUGGUAGUGUUUUUAUAGGUGUUUUUUAUACUGUUGCAAAAAAUUUAUGGGAAGAAAACGAACCAGCAUGGGGUAUGACCAGAGUUCAGCAAUGGAGAAAAAAAUGGGAAAGAAAACUUGAAAAAGCAACUGAAAGUUACUUGGAAAAGCAUAAAACUGGCAAUAAAUGGGCAUUGAUUUUGUUACCAUUCACUGUUGUAUGUCGUGAAGCUGUUGAAACCUUUGUAUUCAUAGGAGGUAUUGGAUUCAAUAAACCUGCAUCAGGACUACCAAUUCCAGUAAUUCUUGGACUUUUGACAGGGUUUGUUAUUGGAUGGAUCAUUUACAAAGGAGCUCACAGAGUAUCAAUAAAUAUAUUUUUUGCGGCUACUACAGUAUUUCUUCUUUUUGUGGCAGCUGGAAUGUUUUCAACUUCAGUCCAUGAACUUCAAGAAGCAACUGGAUCACAUGAAACAGUGUUAUGGCAUGCAACAUGUUGUGAUACAAAUGUUAGUGAAUUCUGGUCAAUUAUGCAAGCAAUAUUUGGAUGGCGUGCAAAAGCAACACUUGGUACAACAAUUGGUUAUUUCAGCUAUUGGGCAUGCGUGAUUGUUGCGGUUACGUCAAUUUUUUAUUAUGGCAAGAAAAAUGACGAAGAAGAGGAUAAGAUCGUAAAGUCUAAAUUUGAGGUUGCAGAUAGAACUGAUAAUGUUUAA